AUGGAUGCCCUGAGUAUCUAUGUGCUGACCUUCAAUUGUGCGAGGAACUUUGUCGAUGUCGAUGCUUUUGCGGCGCACUUCUUCGAUGCCCUCCCCGCGGGGAGCUCCGCGCCCGAGCUGAUUGCCCUCUCGCUACAGGAGAUCGCACCGAUUGCCUACUCAUUCCUCGGGGGAUCCUAUCUCUCACCCUACUUCGCAGAGUUCCGCCGCACUGUAAGCAAGGCGUGUGCACAGAAAUGGGGCGACGACUACGUGAACUUCCACGUCGAUAAUACUGGCAUGACCGGCCUUAUGCUGUUUGCUCGCCACGACACCCUCGCCAAGAUCGCCUGGAAAGAUACAGCCCAUGUGGGUGUUGGAGCUGCUGAGAUGGGGAACAAAGGUGCAGUCGGAGCACGAUUGGGAUACCUUGUGGGGAGUGAUCCUCCCCGGUCUGUCGACUUGGCUUUUGUCGCGGCACAUCUUGCCCCAAUGGAGCAUUCAUACGAGCAACGGAACUUGGACUGGAAGAGCAUUGUCGAGCGUCUCGUUUUCACGCCUGAAACACCCGAGUCUGAAGUGAACGAAGAAUCCCGUCUCCUCGCCGAAGCAGCAGCUUCCUCGGAAAGGCGUCGUCCAGAGCUCUUUGCGCCAAACACCUACAUCUUCCUAGCGGGAGAUCUGAAUUAUCGCACCUCGAAUAUCGGACCGACCAUCGCGGAAAUUGCCCGAUUCCCCCGUCGCGACGUGAGCCUGGAAGAUUCAUCCCACUAUUCCCACCUCUUCAAGCACGACCAGCUGAUUCGCGAAAUGCGCGACGGGCGGACUUUCCACGGUCUCUCCGAAGCGCCGAUCGACUUCCCUCCCACCUACAAGUACUCCAGUGCGGCGCGCAAGGCCGCCGCUCGGGGUGAGUCCGUGGACUGGAAAUGGUCGAAUCACCGUUGGCCCAGCUGGUGUGAUAGAGUCCUGUUCCUGGAUUCGCCGUGGAUUGGUGAGGCCGGGAAGGUCCAACCGCUCGCAUAUGAUGCACUGCCUCUCUUUGCGCAGUCAGAUCAUCGCCCGGUUGCGCUGCUCGCUUCGGUGCCGCUUACGCCCGGUGACCACGACCCCGCGCCUGGCCUGCGAGCUGUGGCUCCGUUCCCCAUUGACCCGGACUGGAGAAGCAAGCGAGAUGCAGCACGUUGGCGGGAGAUUUUCGUUGGCGGUGCUGCGUAUCUGGGGCUGACUAGAGAAGGAAACGGGCUGUUGCUCGUCUCGGUGUUGGGCAUCCUCGGCGCCUGGUUCAUUCUUCGAUCGAUGCUGAUGAUUUGA